AUGCUGAAAACCACCCCAGAGAAGCACCGAUUGGCACUCUUUCACCUCCAAAAUGGGGAAUCUACCCAUUCAGUUGCCAAGCAACUUGCAAAAGCACCUCAGCUGAUGUUCCAAAGUCAAAGGGGGGCUGGCCAAAAAAACUCCAGCCCUGUCAUGUUCACUUCCUGGACCACUAUUUUGAGCUCAAUUGCACCUCCACUGUCAGGAAAGCAUGUCAAGCACUGCAGGAGACAUUCCAAGUCAAAGCUUGCCCAACCACAGUUAGUGAAAAAACCAAAGCUACUCAAGAGACACUACAUUGCCCACCAUAAAUUCACCAAUGAGCACAAGGAUAUGACUGUUGAGGAUUGGAAGAAGGUUGUAUGGUUGGACAAGACAAAGAUCAACUUCUUUGGACCAGAUGGUAAGCAGUUCUGUUGGAUUAAGAAUGCCAGCUUCAACAGUAAGCUUGUCCAGCCCACAGUCAAGUUUGGCAGCAGAUCCAUCAUGAUCUGGGGCUGUAUGACAUGGGAAGGGGUGGGAGGUAUGUGCUUGGUGCUGGGUAUCAUGGAUUCAGACCAAUACAUUCAAAUCUUGAAUGACAAGCUUAUGAAAACAUUCUCUGAUUUGCACCUUCAGCAUGCAUAUACUGAUAUCAUUUUUCAGCAAGACAAUGGCCCUAAACACACAUCCAAGAAGAGUAAAACAUGGUUGACAAGCAAUAACAUUAAGGUUAUGGAAUGGCUGGUGCAGUUGCCUGACUUAAACCCAAUUGAACACCUCUGGCACCAUCUCAAAAUGUGA